CACUAGGGGGAAACAAUUGCUCUUUGACAACCCAGGUAAAACAGAAGCGUAGAAGAAGACCACCCACUCGUCUCCUGCACAUUCUGCGGCUUUUUCGGUUCAGUCCCUCGGUCAGGGGAAAGACCGAGAGACCUCUCGAAGGGGGACAGCAUCCUGGCUUGUGCUCCUACUCCUAUGUCCACGGCGGUGAUAAUGCGCGACUAAAAGAAGUACUUGUCCGAUGGCUCUUAUUCAUCAAACCUGUAAAGCAGUCACAGCAUUCAACAAAAUGGUGACCUUGUGGAUAUUUUGCUUCUGCCUCAUCGGAGUAAGUUGGACCAAUAAGCCGAGUUCGGCCACAGCCGACGGCCAGAUCGCAGAGAAUGGAGUAUCAGAUUUCUGUCGCAUCGACGGGCCACUGUGCCGGGACGAGAACGGCGUUCUCAGCUACGAGGCCAUUCGCAGCAUCCACAAGCAGAUGGACGACGACAAAAACGGCAACGUGGACGUGGUGGAGACAGACGGGUUCUUGAGGGAGGAUCUGAACUACCAUGACCCCAAGGCCAAACACAACAGCUUCCACGGGGAUGACCAGUUCAUCAGCGUGGAGGACCUUUGGAAAACAUGGAAGAGCUCUGAAGUGUAUAACUGGACGGUGGAUGAGGUGGUCGAAUGGCUCAUCACCUACGUGGAACUGCCUCAGUAUGUGGAGGCCUUUCGUAAGAUGAGCUUUAACGGGAGCACAAUGCCGAGGCUGGCUGUGAAGAACAACACUCUGACACACACCAUUCUCAAGAUUCUGGAUCGCAGCCACGUUCAGAAGUUGCAGCUCAAAUCUUUGGACACAGUGUUGUUCGGAGCACCUCUCAUGAACAGACACAACCACUUGAAGGACCUCAUGCUGGUGGUGUCAAUUGUGAUCGGGAUGGGGGGCUGCUGGUUUGCCUACAUCCAGAACCGCUCCUCCAAGGACCACAUGAAGAAGAUGAUGAAGGACCUGGACGGCCUACAGAGAGCUGAGCAGAGUCUGCAUGACCUACAAAAAAAGCUGCAGAUCGCCCAGGACCACCACCGCACGGUGGAGGUGGAGAAGGUCAAUCUGGAGCAGAAGCUGCGGGAUGAGAUCAGCACAGCCAAGCAGGAAGCCCAACGACUGAGGGAUCUGCGAGAGGGCACAGAGAACGAACUCAGUCGGCAAAAGUAUGCCGAAGAGGAGCUUGAUCAGGUGCGCAUGGCUCUGAAGAAAGCCGAAAAGGAGCUGGAGUCGCGGAGUAGCUGGUCGCCUCCAGAGUUUCUCCAGAAGUGGCUGCAGCUCACUCACGAAGUCGAGGUUCAGUACUACAACAUCAAGAAGCAAAACGCAGAACGACAGCUCCUGGUGGCCAAAGAAGGGGCUGAGAAGAUCAAGAAAAAGAGGAACACCCUGUUUGGGACGUUCCAUGUGGCGCACAGCUCCUCCCUGGAUGAUGUAGACCACAAAAUUUUGGCAGCCAAACAAGCGCUCGGCGAGGUGACAGCCGCCCUGCGCGAGAGGCUCCACCGCUGGCAGCAGAUCGAGAUCCUCACGGGUUUCACCAUUGUCAACAACCCGGGCUUGCCGUCUCUGGCGUCGGCCCUCAACCUGGACCCAAGUUUCAUGGGGGGCCGGGCCGCUACGCCGCAACACUUCAUCGUGACGGACGACAUGGACGACCUAGACGAGGACAUCAUGCCCGCGACUCUGCAAUACGGCGCCCGGCUGUUGGAGCGGCGAGCCAGUGACCUGUGGUCCGUGGGCUCGGACUGUCAGCCCGUGUGGAAGUAUCUCGCUCCCAGCAUGAUGUCCCUGCGCCAGCGCCACAUUGACCCCCACCUGGCUUUGAGCUUGCAGAGGUUGGUAGAGGGUUCCCUGCUAGAGGGCCAGCAGGGGGAGGGAAGCUCACACCGACCCAGGUGUCGCUCCAAUUUCCGGGAGUCCCGCAGCCAGUCUUUCGGGCACCUGGAGAGUCUGUCUCUGCCCCCUCUGUCCUCCGCCGUGUCUCACCCCGCCAUCUGUAGCUCUAGUCCGCAGACCCCGCCCUCCUCCUGCUCGGCGGGCGGCGCCGUCGUCACCCCUCACCCUUCCCACGUGUAUCACCCUUCCUUCCAGCCCAUGGACCCCAUUCCCGAUUUCACCUUCUCCGAUGUCUCCCAACCGCACGCCAUGCGUAGCGACAGCUUCGGGGACCUUAACCGAUCGGACUCGGACUCUUCGCUGUCACUCUCCCAAAAGGGCGACCGCCUGUCGGCCUUCAGCUCCAGAGGCCACCUGAUCAAGCCCACCGCCCUCCUCCACGGCCUGUCGCUCCACGACGCCACCUCGCUGCACGCUUACACCCCCAACGGCGGCAACCGCCACCACGAUGGCGGCGAGCACGCCCCCGACAGCCCCAUCCUCAUGAGGAGGAUGCACGGCACGGACGCCACGCCCAGCCCGGGAGAGCUCAACAGCCCCACGGAGUCGUCCCGCUCCUUCAGCCCCAACUCCACCGAACCGGAAACCCCCUCGCCCACGGGGAGUGGGGGUCAGGCGGGGGCAAAGGGCAACAGCCGCAUCCCGCAGUUGUCCUCCAAGAAGAGUCCGCAGGAGGAGGACAGCGCCUCCACGGGGGACGACACGGAUCCCACAGCCGGGCGCAAGAAACACACCUUCAAGAUCUUUAAGAAGCAGAAAAAAUAAGGGCUACAAGACGAGACUCCUAUUUGUCUUUUCCCUCUCGUUUGUUUGGGGUCUUUAAUCGUUGCUUUGUGUUUCAAAACCCUCCGGACUGUGGGAGCAAGCUUCCCCUCUCUGCUUAUGUGGGAGGGCGUUUGUAUAACAAUGCAAUGUGAAGAAUUUAUUUAUUCUGCACUAAAUUGUGACCGUCUCAAAGGGACACACCCCCUCUCUUGGAUAGCUUUGCAUGUCUUGGCUUUUGUUUGAACCGAAUGCUGACGUCGGAUCAGUCCACGGCUUUCUUUCUUCUGACUGAACUGCAAAAUGCUUCUGCAUCGAUGACUCUUCACUGUCAGUGUUGUCUCGGAAAACAAAGGGCUCCUUUCGCUUUUUUUGGGGUUCGCUAAACGAUCCAACUAUGUUACAGAGUAGCUAUGAAACUGUCUCUUGUGAGCGGAGGGAGUGUAUUCUUGAUUUACAAACCUAUUUAUUUGUAUCUGGUGUCUUGUAAACAUGUUUUUGUGACAACCACCCUCUCCCUGAAAGACUGGGAUCAAAUUGUGGUACAGUAGGGAAGGAAUUCAUAUGGCUCCAAUUCUGGGUGGAUCCUGCGUAAGAGGAAGGUGUGGGGGGGGGGGAUUAUUUUUCAAUGUAGUUAGCUGAAAAUGAUGGAAAGCGCCGCUCAAACAUAUCUUGUGACCCUGUGGUCAAAGUUGGAAUUGCCACAAAACAUUUUAAGAUGUUCAACACUCUACUGCCACCUGUGUGCGUCCCCCAAUUUGUCACUUUUCAUGUGUCAGGUACACCACGUUGAAUGGGACUAUGAAUCCCCUUCCUACUGUAUAGUUAGGUUCUUCUUGUGUACGCUAUAAAUAUAUUAACAGGUGCUGGAAAAAGGGCUAAAGAAUUACUCAGCAAUUUAGUACCAAACCACAUACAGUGAAGGAUUGGAAGAAGACCAAGUAUCCCAUCAAAGUGCCAAAUCCCAGGUGGUUGGACGGCUUUUGUCUAAUAUGUUUACAUUGGUCGCAGAGCCUCACGACGACUAUGCAUCUAUAUGUAGGUUAUUCAUAACCAAACCAAAAGGACAAAACAUGUUGACUUUCCCCAAACAACGAACCUUUUUAAAAUGGCUGCUUUUAAUACUGAAAAAAAAGGUGUCAUUUGUAUGUCUUUUUGCACGACGAGCUGUAAACGAAACCCUGAACGUGUUUUGUGAUGCACUAUGCUGUUGAUGCAUGCCAAGUGCUGUAACUACACCAACCAAUGGAAACAGCUCCAGCAUUGACUUUAAACCUUUUGUCCUUACCUUUUUUUGAGCUAUUUAUGAAUCCAGAUCUUGUAUUUGUACAGAUGGGGGGCGGAAGGG